CAAGGAAGAAAAAAAGCAAAACAAAAGCGAAGCGUUAAAUGUUACACACACACAUAUAGCUCCUUCAGAACGCUUUAACAAGUUCACCUCUUUAUUUAUGCACAGCUGGUUAAACGACGAGGACUAACGCGACAGGAGUCGCUCAAGCGGAGCCGCAAGCCUCCGAGAGAAGAGGGGACCUCCACCAAGGAGCUACCGCCUGUGCCGAGCCGUCCCUGGGACCAGGACGGGCCCUGGGACCAAGACGGGUCCUGGGAGCGAACCAUGGCGGCGGACGUUGGAGGCAACGGCAAGAAGGCGCAGCAGAGUGCCGGUGGGAAGGCGGAGAUCACUGGAGCCGAACCGGGACAGGCCAGCUGGCAAGCUCAGCGAGCCACAGUGCGAGAACGGAACGCUAUGAUGUUUAACAACGCGCUCAUCUCAGAUGUCACCUUUGUGGUGGGGCCUCAGGGAGCCAGCCAGCGCAUCCCCGGACACAAGUACCUGCUGGGGGUGAGCAGCUCGGUCUUCUAUGCCAUGUUCUAUGGAGAGCUUGCCGAAGAGAAGUCUGAAAUUGUAAUUCCUGAUGCAGAGCCACCUGCCUUCCUCGCCAUGUUGAAGUACAUCUAUUGCGACGAGAUGGAUCUGGACGCCGACUCGGUGCUGGCCACGCUGUACGUCGCCAAGAAGUACAUGGUGCUGCACCUGGCGCGCGCUUGCGUGUCCUUCCUCAAGACGAGCUUGACGGCGCGCAACGCCUGCGUGCUGCUGGCCCAGAGCCGCCUCUUCGAGGAGCCCGAGCUCGCGGACCGCUGCUGGGAGGUGAUCGACGCACAGGCCGAGCUGGCGCUGCGCUCGGACAGCUUCUGCGAUGUGGACCUGGAAACGCUGGCGGCGAUCCUGUCGCGCGAGACGCUCAACGCGGCCGAGACGGUCGUCUUCGAGGCGGCUCUCGGCUGGGCCGCAGCAGAGUGCCGGCGAUCGGUGGCGACGCCGACGCCCGGGAACAUGCGCUCGGCGCUCGGCAAGGCGCUGCACCUGCUGCGCCUGCCCGCUAUGCCCCUGAGCGACUUCGCCGACGGGCCCGCGCAGUCGGGCGUGCUGGACGCCCGCGAGACUCUCGACGUGUUCCUGUGGCACACGGCGCGCGGCAAGCCCGAGCUGCCCUUCCCGACGGCACCCAGGCGGGGGCUGCAGCCGCGUCGCUGCUGCCGUUUCCAGAGCUGCACGUUCCGCAGCAACCAGUGGCGCUACCACGGCCGCUGCGACGCCGUGCAGUUCUCGGUGGACCGCCGCAUCUUCCUGGGCGGCUUCGGCCUCUUCGGCUCGAGCGGCGCGCGCACCGAGUACGCGGCGCGCGUGGAGCUGAAGCGCGGCGGCACCGUGGUGGCGCACAGAGCGAGCCGCUUCACGGCGGACGGCACGCCAGCCACGUUCCCCGUGUACUUCGAGCACCCCGUGCAGGUGGAGCCGGACGCGUUCUACACGGCCAGCGUGGUGCUCGACGGACCAAGCCUCAGCUACUUCGGGCAGGAUGGCCUGACCGAGGUGCAGUGCGAGGGCAUCGCCUUUCAGUUUCAGUGCUCCUCCGACAGCACCAAUGGGACGGGCGUGCAGGGGGGACAGAUCCCUGAGCUAAUUUUCUACAGCUGAUGAGACUACGGGCACGCCAGCACGUACAUAGGUUUUAUUUGUCUUAUUUAUUUUUGGACAUUAAAGCUGCUGCUGCUGCUGCUUUAGGGGAGGCCUUGAUGUAACAGUGAAAUGGAAGUAGCUACCGCCUACUUCUGGGGAUGCUACUGCUGUUCUCAGCGUGUAGUGGUGACGGUGAUGAAGCUGAAACUGUAUUGGGUGCAUGGGUCACGAAAAAGAAUUAGCUUUCCAAUUACCUUGUGAUGAUGGAAAUUGGAACGAUAAGAGGACCAGCACACUAUUGAGCACUUUCUAUAACAAAUGCCAAGACAUGUUGGCUGAUAAGCUUGUUGAGCAGGUAAGUACAGUGGUGCAGAGUAGGAGUGUUUCACUGAAAGCUGUUAAUACCUGGUUAUGCAAUACAUUUGCUCCAACUGAAAAAAUUACACGCUGACAAAAGGAGCAAGGGUUAAAGUGUUUCGGCAAGAGUAUGAUGUGCGCGAAUUAAUAUAGGGCCAUGGGUGUGUGAAGGUCAUCUUAGAGACAGUGCUUACUCCUGCUGCAGGGGGGGAACGUCUUCAUCUUUCGAGGGUCAUUUAGCGACUCAUUCACUUCAGUCUGAUGGAUGGUAAGAGGGUGAGCUACCCACAGUUCACCCUUAGCAACAGGCAUGGGCUCACUGUAGUGAAAUGGUUAUUUUAUCACUGGGUGCAUGGAGACACCCUUGACCACAUCAGCAGGACUGUGCCCGAUCUCGUCAUAUCUCGGAAGCUCAUCAGGAUUUUGGGGCCUGGUAAAUUAUUGGGUGGGUGACCACCAUGCAUGCCAGGUUGUCCCAGGUGGAUGUGGGGCUACUUAAACUAUAACUAAACUAUUUUUAUUUGAUCAGGUACGGCCCACUGAGCUGUAUAGAUAUUUUUCAGAAGUAUAGCAGCCAAAUACUCUAAACACAUGUUUCUACAUGUGGAGGGAAAAACCGGAGGACCCGGAGAAAAAUCCACACGGCCACAGGAAGAACAUGCAAACUCCAAAUAUACAUGCGUCCGGGUCGGGAUCGAUCCCACGAACCUCCUGCAUGCCAGGCGAGGGAGAUAACAUCUCGCCACCGUGGCGCCCCUUGGUGGUCAGCAAAGGACAGUGUAGCAAAAGCCACUUUUGUACAGUGUUUCUAUGCUCCCAGAUCUAAACCACACUGACCCAAAUUGUGCAGUGUGGUCAAUACCCACGUGGUGUCGGGAGGCCCUCAUCCAGCAGUGGAUUGACAUAUGCGUGGGAGAUGAGUGUUAUCUUUAAUAAUUUCCUCCAGCUUCAAACGUUAUUGACGAGGAAAUGAACACUCAAUUAUGAAUCCAAUGUGUGCAGUCUCAAAUGCCAUCAAUAAUGCACAGUAAUUCAGUUGUAAAUGUCACAAAAUAACAGAAUAGUUGCGACCUACUUUUACUAAACGUAUCCCAAUUCAAGCCACGCGUAUUAUUUUCCUGUCGUCUUGGAGAGGCACAGUGAAGCACUCUGAUAAAACGCUGAGAGGUUUGAAAUUGAAAAAAAUGGCCACGAGAGUGCAAAAAUCUAAUAACACUGCCUGUAAAGAAAAAUCAUAUAAAUCAUCUACAGCAGGGUGAAUUUACACCGUAAUAACUACGUUAUUUAGUGCUUUUAAUCUAACGAGUAGCCUAUUAGGAUGAAAGUUUACACUGAAAUAACUCGCGUCUAACUUACCUGCUACAUACAAUACAUCAGUCACGUGUAUAUAUUUUAGAGAAAACUAACAUCAUAUAUGGCCGAGAAAAAACGCGUAGUGUGAUAUUUUGGAAAGGCAGUUGCUAAUAACUUGUGGUAAAUUGUGUUCCUGAUUUGUAAGUUGCACAUUGCUGUGGUGAGGGAACACGUGAUCCUUAUGGCGGUACCCCUGGGUACCAAAUAAUACAAAAUGUUCCGAGGCAAUUAAACAUUUUAUUUCUGGUACACUUUUCCAGGGAUGUUACUUAAUUCUAGAUUUGAAGCUUUCGUGACUGCAAGGAUCCAUACUCUUAGGUUUUUUCGGUAAA